AUGUGGCAAAGGACUAUUACUACGUUACCAAUUAAUAAACUGAAAGUGGGACCCAAAAUAAUACAUGGACCUGCCGGCUUUACGUUUUCGCAGCCCGGCUCCUCUCGCUUUGCGGCGAAGCGCUGGUUUAUGCGCGGGGGUGGUCUGGCGCUGGGAACCGUCUCUGCUAGCAACCGAAUAAUUGGUGCUAAGGAUCAUGCUUCUAUUCAGAUAAAUAUUUCUGAGGUUGACAAGGUAACAGGCAGAGUAAAUGGCCAGUUCAAAACGUAUGCCAUUUGUGGAGCAAUUCGUAGAAUGGGUGAAUCAGAUGACUCCAUUCUGCGUCUGGCAAAAAGAUGGAAUUGUUUCCAAGAACUUCUAACUGAAGAAACUCUGGUAUGGAACAUCUGAUGUAAAAUAAACAGUUCGAACCUA